AUGGCUCCUUACAAACUCCACCUUGGAUUGAAUCUGAUUUCCGCUUUUGUCUUUGUGCUGGCUGAUAGGCGUCAGAAUUUUAACCACACCUCCGAGUGCUACUGCAAUGGAACCAACUACUGCCUGAAUAGAGACCCCAAGCAUGAAAAUCGGAGUCAGCCCUACUGCUAUUAUCCGCCCUAUUCUGCCUCGAAAAGUGGUGCACAUCAUGUGCUUUAUCCCUCACCACUUCUCUAUGCUCAAAGGCAUACCUGCGGACGGUCACCGAUGUGGAAAAGUAAGGUGAUGCCCAAGAUUAUCGGCGGUCGAAGUUCAGUUUCACAUUCCUGGCCUUGGAUGGCAAGAUUAACUCCAUCAUCACAGGCCGGCGUCUACUUGCUAUCAGGGGGACACGAAGGAAAAGAUGGGAUGUACAACGACCUGGACACCACCCCUCACUGCGGUGCUUCACUCAUCUCCUCGCGACAUCUCAUCACUGCAGCGCACUGCAUUAUGAAGUUUAACUCCACGACGGUCUUAUCAACGCCAGCUAACCACUGGUUCUCUCCAGUGUCUUAUCUCCAGACUCAAGUCCUUGUUCGUCUGGGUGAUCACUAUCUUGGAGGAGCAGAUGAGGGGUGGCAGAAAGAUAUGCUUGUAGACGAGGUACUAACCUAUGCAAGUGAUUGGGGCUUCCUCACCUAUGACAUUGCGAUUCUCAAGCUGAAGAAGCCAGUAGCGUUGUCGGUGGGUAUUCAACCUGUCUGCAUACCACCACCCAACAUCCAGUUGGCCGUAGGGACGAAGUGCGUAGCGGUCGGUUGGGGUCACACCGAAAAGACGCCCGACCCGGGUGUUCUUAUGGAGACCACCAUUCCUAUAGUUUCAACAACCGUAUGCCAAAACCACUCCGACUAUUUCAAAGAGGGUUUCCACGCCUGCGCAGGUGGUGACAAAAAGAAAGCAUGGGUGGGUGACAGCGGCGGUGGUCUCUACUGUCGGCUUCACCAGGAUGACAAUCAGUGGUAUCUUUACGGUGUGACUAGCUUCGGCACUACUCUUCGUGGACCCUGCGUCUUCACCUAUGUACCACGAUUUGCUGAUUGGAUCCAUAGACACGUUUUUUAA